UCCCGCUCACUAGCAAAAAAAUACUACAAAUCCUGUGCUGCCAUGGCUCCAAGCCAUCGGUUCUUCUGGGCCUCGUGUCUACCGCUGAUGCUCGCUGGCGCGGUGGCUGAUCAACAAGCAGAAGGCUGUUCCGGCUCGGCGGCGAGGUGCGGCGACCUCACCAUCUCUGAUCCAUUCUGGCUCGUAGACUUGAAGACGGGAAGAUCAUGUGGUCACAUGGAUUUCCGGGUUGCUUGCUACAACAACACUCCAGUCCUACGGUCUACUGAAACCUUGGGUUUUGCGAUCAUCCAGAUGAACUACAACGACCGCAGUCUGCGUGCGAGUGAUCUGGGCAAGCUGAAUUUACUGAAGGCCUUCAACAGCUGCCCCUUGUUUGCCGCCCUGACCUGGAACACCUCCGCCAAACUCAGCAGCCAGUUCCAGAUCAGCAACAUGAACCAGAACCUGAUUAUGUACAACUGCACCGAGGCGGCCGCGGCACGUAGGGGAGACAGAGAGCUGGUGGAGACGAUGCUUAGGUGCGGGAACCAGAGCGAGAUGCUUGUCAGCGUGGCAGGGCGUUACGAUGAGACGAGCGACUACGGCAGCUAUGCGCUAGAGGGAUGUGACGCUUACGUCAUACCGGUGCUGGGCUCGUCGUCCGGCGUGGCAAACGCGAGAGACUACGAGAAGCUCAUCCGGGACGGCUUCCUCCUGACAUGGAACCCUCCUCUUGCAAGUAAGUUGGCUCACCCCCUCAAAUCAUCUUUCAAUCAAGUUGCAAGCUAG